AUGCCGGCACUCACUCGGUGGUCGCCCUUGAGCCGAUACCCCUUGACCGAAUCACUGUCCAAGUUCAUGCCCACGGCAGGAAACGCAGGCAAAAAACCGGUCUUCGUGAGCGAGAGCUUGUGUGAUGAUAUUCUACAGCGACUGUCUCCCUACCUCCUACGAAACCGUCCUCUCGACAUCCUAGAUCUGUGGCCCGGCCCAGGUCUGUUCUCGUCGAAGAUAAACGAUCUUUUGAAACCGCGACGACAUGUCCUCGUAGAGCCGGACCUGAAAAAGUUCAAAGACUUUCUUGAACCUCUAGCCCAAAGCCGCUCAUGUUACGAAUUGGUCUCGACAAAGAUACAGACGGAGAAAGACUGGGGGCCGGCGCUUCUUUCCAAACACUUUCCGGAGCAAGGGCCGUCAUGUACGGACAAUAGCGGCCCUCUACCUAGGAACGAUACGCUGCUUGUGCUGGCGAGCCCCCCGCCGCCUACUUCGACUAAGGACCACUUUACUGUGUCACGUUGGUUCAUGACACUUAUGGAAGCAUGUUUGCAACAAAGGCAGCUAAACACUUAUGGGAGCGUACGGCUGCUGGUCUCGGUAGGGGCAAAGGACGCCAAAACAAUUCUGCCGUCCCUUAUUCAUGAACGUCAGCGCCCAGCCAUACUCACCGAACAGGCCGCACGUCAUGCUUUUCUGGUGGCAGCCACAGACGAUUCUGCGAGUGGCGAUUGGGCCUUCCAAAAGCAGUACGAUAUAUUGAGAGACGGUGCGGCCCGUGUUGCCCAGAGAGCUUCUGAGGCCGGUGUUGUUACUCCUGUCGAGAGAGAGUUUUCGUUAUCAACCCUGGAACUGGCGCCUGAUGGCUCGCUAGUUGGCAAAAUCCCUGCACCUUAUCAACCGCGUAUAAAAACCGCUCAACAUGAAAAAUACAUCGCGGCCUUUCAGGCUUUUGACAACGCUCGCCCGGAAUCCCCAGAUUAUGAUAAACUUAGACGAGCACGGAACCGUGCAUUCACCCGACUCAACCAAGAGAAUCGCCAGGCAUACGCCCGGAAACUCGUUGUUGACAAGUAUGCUCAACUUGACGAGCUCAACAAGUCCAUCUCUAGACUAGCGGCAGACCAAACAACUAAAUUAACAGACUUCGAUCCAGUCAUCAAGGAAAUUGAAGCCGUCGAAGAAUCCAUUGCUGAGUGGAUGUCAGAGCACCAUUUCGAUACCAGUCGCGCGGUGCCAUACCUAGUCGACGACAGACUCGCAAGCUUACACAGUGGCUCCUUUGACGACGCCGUCCUUCUCUGGGACCGCCGCCCCUUUGAGCCGCUUCUCAUCGGCUCAGAAGAGAUUUACCCGCGCGAAACAAGCAAAUGUCUCCUCUACUUCGAAGCCGACCCCAACGCGUAUGCGGCGCGAAAGCUUCAACAGCUCACCCCAGAACAGAGAUACAUCGCGUAUGACGCCCUUGAGGCAUAUACCCUCUCCCUCACGGGUUUACAAAUCCACACCAUCAAGAACGUCACGGACUGCCUCUUCCCCGCUCUUACCACAAACGAGAUCAUCAAAGCCAUUCCAAGCCUCGCCCAAUACGCCUCGAAACGCCCCAAAGCCGACUUUGACUCUCUUCCCAGAACCGUGCACCAUAAUCCCGAAUACAAGAUUCCGCCUUUGCCCUCAUCACUCAAAACCCAAGACCCAGUCUACUGCUACCAAGAAAAUCUUGACUACAACCUCAGCAGCGUGCGGUCCCGCGUCCUGCCUAUCAGCACGCUCUGGGAUUUGUUUGCCAAAUACGCCACAGACUGCGACCCGAAGCAACAUUCCAUUGUGCAGCUUACACGGUACUUUGGGGGAACCGUGACGACGGCUCGCGGGGGGAUAUGGUUAUCCGACGAGUAA